AUGGAGCUCUCAAACAACGGCCUGUUACUUCUUUUGCUUGCUGUAGCAAGAGUUGUCACCGCUCUUGAAGUAACUCCAGGGUCACAUUGUGCGGCGGAAUGCCUCGACUCGGGUGCGGGAAACGAAUUCAGUGCUUCGGACUCAACCACCACCACCAACGACAUUAGCUGCAGAGACAUCGAUUACUCAACUACCGAUGCUGGCAUCAAAUUCAGGAGGUGUUUGGACUGCUUGCAGCUGAGCAAGAAGGUCGACAAAACAGAGUCGGACCUAAAAUGGUACAUAUAUAACUUGCGAUAUACCAUCAGUACAUGUCUAUACGCCUCGCCAAAGGCAGUAAAUAACGGAACUGUAGCAGCUCAAUGUAACAUAGAUAAAGCAUGCAAGCCUCUCAAAGAGCCAUUAAUCGAGGCAGGCUUCAACGCCAACCCAAACACAACCUGGGAUUACUGCACAGCAAAAAAUGGUGUCUUUAUGGGGAAGAGCCUCCCGCCAUGCAUCAGCUGUCUUCAAGCGACAGACGGAGAAGUAUACCUCUCUAACUUCCUGACCGCCCUUCAAGCCGGCUGCAAGCAGAGUCCAGCAGACGGAACUCUUCUCAGCCUCAGCGGAAGCGUCUUCACCACAAAUUCCAUCAACAUGACCGACCCUUCAAGCAAAGACAAGGGGAACCAAUCCAGCGGCAGUCUACCUCCAAGUGCCAUCGCCGGUAUCGCCAUCGGCGUCUUUCUAAUAUUCCUCCUCGCAGUGGCCCUUCUCGUCGUCCAUUUCCGCCGCGAAAGGACAUUCAACGAAUGGGAACAGUCCCUCCAAUACUCCAACUUCACAUCGCCGAGCCGCUUCCCAGAAAACGGCAUGUCACACGCCUACCGUCGUUACUACACCGGCAACGCAUUCGGCGAGAAGCAACCCCCAGCACAGCCAAACUCCUCCGGAGAAUACUACGACAGGAUGGAGGCAGGAUUAGCCGCCACCGCAAGACUCAACCAGCGAGGCAACCCGGCGCCGCAAAGCCAUACUUCCUCAAGUGCCACGAUUCACAACCAAGACGGCCUGGCCGCCCGCAGUAUUUCACGCUCUCGGUCCUAUGGCCAGAUUACGCCUACGCGGACUCCCUCACCCCCGGCAGAAGCUCAUACGCAAAGACGGUCUAAUACGCCAGACUCCUUUGCAGUGCAAGCCUAUCUAAACGCUGCAGAAGAUUCGGCUCGACUUGCGGCCCAGAAGCCAUAUCACCCCAUCAAUAAUACUACGGAGACACGAAGCAAGAGAGCUUCAGCCAUAUCCAUCCCCCACAUACCCAAAAUCCGCUUACCCAGGAUGUAUAAUCCUGUCAGGAUAUUUACAGGUGGAAAGUCGUCAAAAAAUACGCGUGAAAUGGAAAUUUCACCUCCCUUGAUGACGCAUGAUCCUCGGUUUCAUGAUAUACCCAUGUCUGGCCCAGUGGUUAUGGCACGAGAGAGGCAGCCGCCUCCAAUGCUUAAUAUCGGCAGAAAUGAUGGCUAUGUCGAGGUCCCUUUGAGAAGUGGAAAGAGUACAUUGUAUGGUUACUGA